CACGGGCAGAGGCUCGUGGACGCGACGUUCAGCAUGUUCAGGAUCAAGAAGGCCUACCAGCGCGAGAGCGACAUGGAGGAGAUGUUCAAGGUCAUGUUCGGGAUCAGGCCGCUGGUGGACUUCAAGACGGCGCUCAGGCUCGGGCAGGCAAUUCCAGAGGCCGUGGCUCAGGUACGCCAAUUUCAACCAGCGCUCCUUCGAGAGGCCCUGAACCACGCGUGGUUCCUGCCAAAAGGCGCGACGCCGAUGGGGGCAGGGCGGAAAACAGAGCUGGAGAGGGUGGUGGAGGCGCAGCUGAAGCAGCUAGUGAAACAGGGCACCCUGACGAAGAAGCAGUAGUUGUAAGGCGUAGGCACAGCCAGGUCGUGAUAGAAAUUGCUCACGACCCGAGGCGACAGCAGAUACCCAGGAGUUUGGCAGCAGGUGGCAGCGAGCAUGCGACGAAACUCUUGCAGCAGGUAAGAGAAUAUCGCAGCGAGCUACGCACUUUACUUCAGUUUGACA